AUGUCGUUUUCUAUGCACAUUGAGGCUAAACCAGAAAGUCGAUCCUGCUCCAUAGUCAGGCAGAGCUCAACUCUGGUCACAUCUGUUGACUCAAAAAGUGGGAAUCACUCACGCACUGAGUGUUCGAUGUCAACCGUAGCGGAAGCUGGUGGUGCCCUUUUUGGGCAGCUUGUGUUCGCUGUUUUCGUUGACCUCACUGGGGUCCAGCUGACCCCAAUACCGACUUCAACUCGAUGUUGGGGUCAGCUGGACCCCAAUGAGGUCAACGAAAACAGCAAACACAAAGCCCCAAAAAGGGCACCACCCGCUCCCGCCACGAUACUGAUAACCGAUAUAACGAUGUUUUUGGAAGAAGCUACUGACGAAGAAUCCGCUAUGGUUGACUUCUACAUGAGCAAAUGUUCACUGCUCAAUGCUAUGAUUCUUUCCACGGCUAUUGUGGGUCCAUCACUCUAUAUAAUGGCCCCCACUUUUUUAACUCAGCCCUUUCCGGGUAAAGCCGCAUAUCCGUUUUCGAUAGAGCCACUUUGGAUUUGGGCUACUAUAUAUGCUUCGCAGGCUAUUACUGUUUUCCACGUCGGACACUCAUUGAUGAUGAACUUACUCUUCGUAAAUAUGAUCUGGUUCACCGUUGCAAGAUCUGAACUGGUGCGCACAGACAUUGAAAAGGUGGACAACGAAACUGAUGCCAUGAAAUGUAUUCAAAAGCAUCAAAAAUUCUUCUGUUUUGCGGACAAAAUGUCGAUACCUGUGAGGCGUAUGGCUUGUCAGGUAGCAGCAAGCAACUUGGCAGCCGUGGUGUUCGGAGGACUGGUGUUCGCUUACAGCCUACGAGUAUCAGAAACCAUCUUGCAUAGCCAGUGGGUGGGAAAAUCGCCGCAGACGCUCAAGUUGUUACUCUUUAUGAUGCAGAGGGCCUCUCAGCCAUUUGUCAUCAAAGUGGACGGCCUACUUCCGGUUUUGAAUCUGGAAACGUUUGGAAGUGCGUUGUCGACCACUUUCUCGUACAUCGCAACGCUGCUAACUAUUUUCGGCAACUGA